AUGCUUCAACCACCGGUGAUAGUCCAGACCGAUCACCUUGAUCAAGGCACGAAUCUUCGGCAAACGCUGUCGUGUCUGAUCCCCACGUUUCUGAAUGCUAUCAAAUACGUCCCGCCGCGUGAAGUUGACAAGAAGGCAUUGAGGAUAUCUCUCCUCGACAGAGCCCUCCAAAGCGGUGUCCACCUCGGAACUGACGAUGCCUCGCAGAUGCGAUUUGAGGCCGGACUAGCUGUCGCUGCCGAAAUGUAUCCCCUCCACCCCUUCGAGAUUCAGAUCCACAUUGGUCUCUUCACCUGGUACGGCUUCAUCAUCGACGACAUGAACGCUGAGCUAGGACAGGACCUGGAGCAAUUCCAAACACGGCUUCUCAUGGGAGAACAGCAACCCUCGGCACUGCUCCAGGCUUUCGCCGACGUGCUCAAGAUGACAAAGAAGUACUACGAUCCAAUAGUCGCCAACCUGAUCGUGCUAUCCGCUCUAGCCUUUGUUAACUCCAACGCCAUUGAGAUUCGCCCACAGUACCACACAAUCGUCCUGUCAAAAGAGACAGUCAGCUGGCCGUACUACUUUCGAGAUAAAGAGGGUCUUCCAGAAGUGUACACAUAUUUCUGCUUCUACAAGGAGACGUGUCCGGAUAUCGCGUGCUUCCUGCCCGCUGCGCCGGAAAUGGGCAAGUUUAUCAAUCUGACCAACGACAUAUUAUCAUUUUACAAGGAGGAAAAGGCGGGAGAGGUCAGGAACUAUAUUCACAAGCAAGCCUCAAGUCUAAACCAAAGUCCCUUGUCUAUACUAGAAUCCGCCAUUAUGGAGACUGUGGUUGCGUACAACCGGUCUAGGGCAAUUCUGAAGAACAGCCAUCCGCUGCGGGUGUUCGGCUCUUACAGGUUCCCGAUCGUCACCCCCGGGCCCCUGCAGCUGUCGCUGUCCAUGUCGAGACCGGAACCGAAAGCGGGCGUGCCUGCGUCGGAAUGCGUCUGGAUUUCCAAUGCCCACACAUGGUAA